AUGGUUUUAAAAAUUAAUUUAGAAAAAUCCCUAAAAGACUUAGAAGUGAGAAUUAAGGAGUUAGAGCAAAGUAACGAAGAUUUACGUUCACAAUUCAAAUGUUUAGAAGAAAACGGUAGAGUACGAGAAGCAGAAACUCAAGCAAAGCAAGAAACUAUUGAUAAUUUAGAAAAAAAGGUUAGAGAAGAAACCAAAGCUAAGCAAGAAAUUAUUAAUAACUAUGAAGAAAAAUUUAGAGAACGAGAAGAAGCAUCCAAGGAAAAGCAAGAUAUUAUUAACGGCAAAUUUCAAAUGGAGCAAGAAAUAAGCAAACUUAUACUUUUAUGGACAUUUUGUGGAUUAACAUGCCAUCUUUGUGGUUUAAAAUGUGUAAAAAAUCAAGAUAACGAAGAAUAUCAUGAUUGUCUAACAGAUCAUAAAUGUAAUUUUCUUUACCACUUCAAUGAAGUUCACAACAUAAAAUCAAUUCCAACAUGUAGUUUUAUAGCUGGACAAGAAGGUAAACAUGCUUGCAAUGAAGUUAAACAUUUAUGUGGUGAAUCAUGUAGUCUUAUCGAUAAGCGUAAUUGCCAACAAGUUUGCUCAAAAGUAAUUGGACAUUAUGAUUUACAUUUGUGUCAAUCUUUACGUCAUUAUUGUGGAGAAGCUUGUUCAUUAUCGACAAAAUCCCAGAAAGGAGAUUAUCAUUGCCCUAACAAAUGUAUCGUACCUUAUGAAGAAAGACAUGAUUCACACCGCUGUGAAAAUGAAACAUGUCCAAUUCAGUGUCCGAUUUCAGAUUGUCAGAGAAAAUGUCAAAGCAAUGAACAUUUUCACUCUGAUUCUAAUUCGCAAGUGGAUCAUUUUUGUGGAAAUGAACAUCAAUGUCGUGAAUUAUGCGAAGAAGCUGGUAUAUGCAACGUAAUAGUUGAACCAAAGAAGCAAGAGGAAAUUUAUAAAGGAUUAGUUGAAGAAACUUCUAUUACAUUUACUAAGUAUAUUCAAUUAAGUGAAAGGUUGAGAUGUAACAAAAGAAUUCCUCCAAAUGCAUUUAAGCAUACUGGAAAACAUACGCAUCAUGCAAGCGACGACCUUACGCAAAAUGGUUUUCAUUUUUGUGAUGUAAAAUGUCAAUUCUGUGAAUAUUUUUGUACAUUACCCAAUGGACACACACAAAAUCAUAACACAACGAAUGGAAAUAUGAUACAAACUGAGUUCACCGGAGAAGAUAAUGAAUUUGAAUAUGCAGGACAUAAAUUAAGAGUUGGUGAUCAAGGAAUUUUUGUUCCUUGUAACUUGAUUUGUAAAGAUUUGGGGAGACAUCGUCAUAUUAGCUAUUGUCAAAGUAAAGAAAUUUGUCAAGGACAAGAUAUCCAACAUAUUUCUGAACAAGUACAUCCUAAUCCUAGCAUACCAAAAGAUUUCAUUUCUCACAAAUUGUUCUGGGAACGAACUGGUUUCAAAGAUCCUUAUUCUGUUCAGGAACAACAUGAAUUUGCGAAAUGUGAUCAUGAAUGUCCUGAUGAAAAACAUCAUAGAUCAAGGGGGUCUACAAACGAUUCAGCAAUUAAAUCGUUUUGCGAAUUACCGCUUUUUCAUGCUCAACUUAAUCCAAAUUCAAAUCUUCCUAAUGAUUAUGGAUACAUAUCCAUGGAUGGGCAUCAUUUUAAUUGUGAUAAUCCGAGUACACGUGAAGUCGCUUUUCAUAUUAUCUUUGUCUUAGAUCGUUCAGGUUCUAUGGGAGAACGGGAUAGAAAGCCAAUUCAAGAAUUUUCAAUUUCCAAUUAUUUAAAGUAUUGGAAUCAUAAUAAUAGGCUUGGCGCAGUUUAUCAUGCAGUGUAUCAAUUAUUAAAUGCACGUAUAAAUUCUGUUAAAACAAAUCAAGUAAUUAAUGAUAAAAUAUCAUUGAUCUUAUUUAAUAACGAGGUUAUCGUUCCGAUUGAGAAUCAAGAUCUAAAAGAUCCAAAAGAUCCGAUGAAAAUGUUGGAUAUAAUGAUUCAACACCAUCCUGAUAAUGGAUCGAAUUUCAUACUCGCAAUUCAGAAAGCUGGAUCUUUGAUUUCAUCUUACCAUGAUCCUACAAGAACAAAUAUUAUUAUCUUCUUAUCUGAUGGAGAAUGCUAUAUUCCAGAAAAGCAGCUUCAUGAAGUCUUUAAAGAAAAUCAAUCAAGAGGAUCCCUAUUAUAUCUCUAUACAGUAUUAUUUAGCAGCAACUCGGCCUCAUCCUCCUUAGAAGAAAUGGCGAAAAUCGCACAAUCUUAUCAUACUAAUUACACAUCAUCAGGUUGCUUGCGAUCUCAAUUUACUCGAGCCAUCAAUGAGAUUAGUUUAGUAAAUCAUUUUACUAGUAUUGCAGAAAGUUUAAGAAAACAUAAGCCGACUUUGUUAAAGAAAGAUCUUAUUAUGCACUUAUGA